AUGACUGUCGCGCAGCCCGACUCCGGAUUCAGGCUCGGUCUCAAAUCGUCCGCAGCUCCGAGAAGUCUCAGCCCUUCAUUGAGUGCUGUUUUGAUCAACUCGUCGGAACCUGCUGCUUCGCGGAUUCGUACUAUUCUCAUCACCGGUGCGAACAGAGGCAUCGGUUAUGAAACCGCAAAGCAGCUCGCCCUACGCGGUAUCCGGCUCAUUCUGGCGUGCCGGAACACCGAGCGUGCCGAAGCCGCCGUGAGGAGCUUGGUCGAAGAAACGGGAAACCGGGAAAUAAGCUUCCGACACGUUGACCUCGCGUGUUUGAAAUCCGUCGACAGAUGUGCCGUGGAUCUACUGAACUCAGAAACGCAUCUGAACGCUGUGAUACUCAACGCUGGAAUGUUCUCGUCUGAACGACGAGUGAGCUCCGAUGGAUACGAGUUGCAGUUCGCGUCAAACUAUUUGGGUCAUUUCCAUCUAGCAAACAGCCUCGUGCCUCUACUGAGGUUCGGAGCGCCGUCCAGGAUUAUCGUUGUCGCCUCCGAGAGCCACCGGCUCAUCGACCAGACCUUCCUCAACGACAUCCAGAUGGAACACGGGUAUAAAAGGUGUCAAGCGUUCGCCCGGUCCAAACUCUGUGAAAUCAUCCUGGCACGAGAGAUGGCCAAGCGAGUCCGUAGCAAGCGGAUUGUUGUCAACGCCCUGCAUCCUGGCAUGGUUCCUACAGACCUGUUUCGAGGGACCUGGAUGCGAACUCUUGCGAAAUUAUUUGGAACUUCUGCGGAAAGAGCGGCGAUAUCCGCGGUGUACCUUGCUGUCGACGACAGUGUCGCUGACGUCACCGGGGCUUAUUUCGUCAAGCGACGAAUUACUCGGCCGAGUCCGGAAGCCGAAAACGACGAUAUCGGGAGUCAGCUGUGGACGAUGAGCGAAGAACUCGUCCAUCGAGCGCUUUCGGAGUGA